AUGUAUAAUAUCGACCAUUACUUCGAUUUCGAUUCUCCUCCCAAAUCAGUCAUUAAAUCUAAGAAAAAGAAACAGCAACACCAGCAAAUGCUCCUUUUGCUUUUAUUAGCAGUUGCUGGUGCUUAUUACUUUAUGAUUUAUUUACCCGAGGAAGAAAGGAAGAAAUUAGAGACAGAAAUUCAGAAAGAAUUGGAUGAGGUUAAAAAUGAUCCUACUAGAGGAACUAUUGAAAAGGAUAAUAAUGCUCUCUUUUAUGGUAAAACAGGAACAGGUAAAUCAGCCACCUUAAAAAAACUUUGUGUUGAAGUUAAUAAGUGUCCUCUAGUGACUGUCAAAGGUUCAUCUUUAACUCCUACUAAACAGGAUUAUGAUGCUAGUUUUGGUCCUUUACAAAAAUUUAUCUACACCAUUACUGACCAAACCAGCAAUAAUAUCCUUCUUCAUGACCCUAAUAAGUUACGAUAUUUAAAAGAUUGUCUAGAAGGAGGAAAAACUAACAUUGAUGAAGCAGCCUAUCGGAAAGGAAGACUAAGUAAUCCACUAGACUUUAAUAAUAAAUUAAUCAAUAAAUUUAACAUUGAUAAUUUCGUCGAGGACUUUCUAGGAUACGACCCUAAACAGCCUAAUGAAGAAGGUAAAGAAACUAAUGAAUUAGAAAGAAUAGAUGAGAGAGAAAUUGAAGUUGGAGAAUUUUUUCAAUUCUUUUGGCAGAAGCAAGAAAGUUCGGAAUUAGAUGCUUAUAAAGAUGGCAAAUUUGAAUCACCUCGAAUACCAGAAACGUCUGAAGUGUUAGCUGAUAAUUUGCCUAAUCUAGCCGAGAUAGCUAGACUUACUUCUCUAUCCUCAAAUGCCCUGUCUCAAUCAUUAGAAAACAUUGCAGCAGAAAUAGAGAAUAUUGGUAAUAAUCUUGUAGAUUAUGCUCAAAACAGCAGUAUAACUGAUGACAUCCGCGAACUCCCCACAAUUAUCGCUACUACUGCUGUCGCCAUUGCUACUGGAGGCACCUCCUUAGCAGUCCAAGCCGCCGCCAUUGGUGGUGCCUACUUAUUAGGUGAAAUAUCCAAGCAAAUAAAAGAAGAAAUAGGUAAUUUACAAAAUGAAAGAAGUAAUGAAGCCAGUCAAUUGAACACAUUGGAUCAACAAAUUUCCCAAAAACAAUCUAAACUAAAUGACCCUAACGUUUCUGAAACUGAAAAAACUCAAAUCAGAAGUGAACUUGCUUCUCUAGUCUCCCAAAGAAGUAGUAGUCAAACUAGAAUAAAAGGAUUAGAUGAAAAAAUAGAAAGUUUGAUAAAGCAAGGUAAUAAAACAGUAACUGGUGGAGGUGAACUAAGAGAAGAACUAGGGGAGAAAAAUGUAAAGGAGCAUUUAACUGCCACCGAUUGCCAAAGAAUUUUUGCUCUAAAAUCUAAAAUUACUCAAAUACUAACUGAAAAAGGAAUAGAAAAUUAUAACACCGAUAGUCAGAAAUUCCUUAAGAGAUUACAGCAUUGGCAUAUUUCCAACAUUAACAAAAGAAUAAGGGAAAACGGCAUCUCUACAACCAAAUUUGUUAAUAAUCCUAACUAUAGUAAACUGCUCAGUAAUAACUUUACUAACCAAGAAGAAGUUAAACAAGUUUACAAACAAUCUCAACAAUCACAAUUACUUUCAGAAAUCAUGCAAUUAGAACAAAAUCCUACUAAUUCUAACAGUCAAGAAUUAGACUCUAAAAAACAGCAACUAAAAGACUUAGAGACUCAAUCUAAAGAACUAAUUAAAUUUUUACCAAUUGAAACUCAAAUUACUAUCUUACAGAAAGAAAUUCAAGUCCUAACUAGUAAAUCUACUAAAACUAAGGCUGAACAAACUAUUUUAGAGAGUAAAAAGCAAGAAUUAGCAGAAUUACUAAAAAAACAAAGUAAUUCUCAUGUUAAUAAUGCUAAACCUACUGAUAAAACUGCUUUAAUUGUUGGAGGAGGAAUAUUUAUUAUCUUCACUUUACUUUUAAUCUUAAUUCUGGCGAGGAAUCACCAAAAAAAAGAAAUUACUAAUUUAGAGGAACUUAGACUAGGGAAUUAUGAUUACUCUUGUUACGAUGAUGAUAGUGAAAGCGAAAGAGUCAAACAAAGAAUUUCUCAAGGCAUUUAUAAUAAGUUCACUGGUUCUUUGGAUUAUUUAAGCAACAUGAAAAAGUUAAAGGAACUUAAUGUUAGUAAUAUUGAUGUAAAUGAAGUCGAUUUAGAUAAAUUGCCUGAUAGUUUAGAGAAAAUUUUUUAUUCAACUAAGGAAAGACCAAUAAGGUUGAAAGAUAUUCACCGGCAAAAUUUAGUUCAUAAAGAUUUUCACUCUGGUAAUAUAUUGUAUCCACCUUGCCGAAUUACUGACUUAGGGUUGAGUAAACCAGUUGGUGAAGAAAAAAGAGGAGAGAAAGUUUUUGGAGUAGUACCUUAUGUAGCUCCAGAAGUUUUACAAGAAAAACCAUACACGAAAGCAGCAGAUAUUUACUCUUUCGGCAUGAUUUCCUAUGAAGUGUUGACUGGAUUAACUCCUUAUCACGGUUCAGCACAUGAUAUAGAUGAUAAUCCUUUGAAUCGUCCUAAGGCUGAUGAAAUAAGUAAAAUUUUUGACAAGUGGCAUAAAGAAAUUAAAGAUGAGAAAUCUGAAUUUACUCAGCAAGUUCAAGAAGCAGAAAAAUCUAAUCAAAAAUUACUAGAGGAGGUAAGAUUUCCUAGCAACAAGUUACACGCUGGAGCAUUCUUGACUAGUAAACCUAUUAAUACUGGGCAAAUUAGCAAACUCUUAUUUGCUUCAAAAGACAUAGAUUUAGACCUUGAAAUGAUAGAAGAAUUUGAUAUCAAAGAUAAUGAACAGGAUGAACAGGAUGAACAGAUUGCUCAACAAGCAAUCCCACCUAAAUAA